AUGGCCCCCACAUCCCCCGCCGCUCAAAAACCGCGCAAGGCCGCUACCGCCAAGAAGGCUUCUAUCCACCCUUCCUUCAAAGAGAUGGUCGUUCACGCUAUCGCUGAACUGAAGGACCGAAACGGCUCUACCCGCCAGCAAAUUAGGAAGUACAUUGACGCUAACUAUAAGGGACUCAACGACAGCGCUGGCCGCUUCAUCAACCAGGCUAUCAAGACCGGUGUCCUAAGCGGCGAGCUCAUCCAGCCCAAAGGCGCCAGCGGGCCCGUCAAACUCGGAGCGAGCGCCAAGAAAGCCACCACGAGCACCAAACCGAAAAAGGCGACCAGCACAUCCGCCGCCCCGAAGAAAGCCGCUACCUCUGGCACAAAGAAGCGGACGAGCAGCACCGGCACGGCCAAGAAGAGCACAGGUAGCAAAGUUGCCGCCAAGAAGGCCACCACCGCCGCCAAGUCUGCUACCAAGAAGACCGUGAAGAAGUCCGCCGCUGCUCCCAAGAAGGCCACUGCCCCCAAGAAGCGUGCUGCACCGAAGGCGGCUGCACCUGUCCCCAAGAAGGACACCGGCGCAGCAGACAAGGCUCGGGCUGCGCGAGCGGCCAAGAGGGCGUGAGCGAAACUCAAACGUCCCUCCCAUGUAGUCUUGGUCCCCUUUUGCUUUUGUUUUCUUUUUGCUUUAUACCCCUCCCAUCACCGCGUUUUCACACAAAACGGAUUCUCGGCCCAACAUUGUCGGAAAGGAGGAGGGGAGAGAUGUGGGAGAUUUGGGGCGUCUAGGAUAGGGGUAGUGUGGAAAAUAUGUUUUGGCAACAACGAAAAUCAGAUCAUUCCUCACCCGUAUCCACAUGGGCCUCCCGUAUAAUCUUAUAUCCCACCUAUCUUUUGUGUUUCCUGUUUGUGUAAAGGUGUCUUUUGACACCGACGUGAGAAUAAUGGAGAGGCUUUUCUUACUUUCUACGUUUGAUUUCCGUUUGCUGUACAUUUGCAUGAACGUGUGGGGCACGCCGAUAUUACAGUUUCCUAACUUUCCUACCUCUGGUAUAAACGGAGCGGAAAAGCAUUCU